UCGGAAGGGAUAAGGAGUUUUUCCCAUGGGGAACUGCUUAGGGGGCAGCUCCUACUCCUACGUCAACAAGGUCUCCUCCACUGCAAGGCCGGGCUCACAAUAUUCUGGAAGCUAAAGACUCAACCAGCAGCUCUAAGCCUGCAAGCUCUGGGUCAGUUCUGUUUUAAAUCAAUACAACCAAGGGUACGCCAAGCUGCCGCCGACCGCGCCGACGGCCAAGCCGCCGCUGACCCGGAUUCAUCUGCACCAACAGAUCACAGAGUCACAGAGAAACAUCUCGAGAUGUCUUCUCUUCAGUUAGAGGCCUCUGGCACAAGUGAGAGCACUGAUAAUAGUUCGUCACAAACACCAAAUAGAAGGGCACCAAUCUGGGAGUAUUAUGAGCCGGAAUUGGUCAGGAUAGAUGGUGCACUAAAAGCAAUUUGCAAGUACUGUGGAACAAAGUUGAUUGCAAACAGGAAAUCUGGUACAAACAGCCUUAGAACUCACAUUGCAGAGUACUGCCCCAAAGUCCCUAGUGAUGAUAGGAACAGAUUUGUCGCUACAAUGAAGAAAAAGCCAGAUGGUCCAUUCACCUUUAAUAAGCAUAGAAGUCGCGACCUGAUGAUUGCAUGGAUUGUUAGAGCUGAUGUAGCAUUCAACAAGUUUGAUGAUGAAGGUUUUGAGCCUUGGAUGGAGUCACUGCAACCCACUUUUAGCGGCAUAGGGAGACAAACGAUUCGUAAUGAUUGUGUUGCUAAGUUUGAGAGAGCAAAGAUAGAAUUACGAAGUGAACUUCAGAGUCUUAGCUCUCGCAUAUGCUUCACUUCGGAUCUUUGGACAUCAAACCAAAAGUUGGGAUAUCUUUGUGUUAUAGCCCACUAUAUUGGCCCUGAUUUUGUUUUGAAGAAAAAGAUAAUUGCAUUUAAGGAUGUGAAGUAUCCACAUACAGGUGUUGCUAUUGAGGAAGCCAUUACAACUAUUCUGACAGACUAUGGAAUCAAAGAGAAGAUGUUCACAAUAACACUGGACAAUGCAGCAAACAACAAGACAGCUUGCGAUCUUCUACAAGAAAGCGGAAAGCAAGACAUGUUAUUUGGUGGUGAGCAUCUUCUUGUUAGAUGUUGUGCUCAUAUACUCACAUUCUUGUGCAAGACGGUAUGAAUGUUGCUAGUGCUGUGAUAGAAUUGAUAAGAGACCUGAUUAGGAACAUUAACUCAUCACCAGCGCGUAUCCAGAAUUUCAAUGAGAUAGCUCAAAGAGAAGGUCUUGCUGCAAAGGCUGGUUUAGUCCUUGAUGUUCCAAAUCGUUGGAACUCAACAUAUGCCAUGAUUAUGGAGGCAACAAAGUACAAG